GCUUUGCUGCAUAUUAGUCACCACAGCUCAGCAGCAUCUUCACAUGAGUCCAGCCGAGCUGGUACUGGUGGUGAUCAUGUUUCCGGAGGCGGACAGCGCCUUACUGUGAGGAAAUGUGCGGAAUGCGUCGCUUGGAAUAAAUAAAUGGUCACUACAGACUGGCAGGAUUCAUGGAGACAACACAAGACUGCGCCUGUUACAAAGUUGUACAAGGUUCUCCAUGUGUCUGCCAGGGAAACUCUGGGAAGGUCCCAGGAAAAGAUGCCAAUCUGGAGGAGAACGACUUAUGAUGAGAAGGAACGUCGUGUGAAAGCCAACACACGGGAAUACAACGAGAAGUUCUCAUAUGCUAAUAAUCAUAUUAAGACUUCAAAGUACAACAUCUUCACCUUCCUGCCCAUCAACUUGUUUGAGCAGUUCCAGAGGGUGGCCAAUGCUUACUUUGUUGUGCUGCUGAUACUUCAGUUAAUUCCAGAAAUCUCUUCUCUGUCCUGGUUCACAACCAUCGUGCCUUUGGUUUUGGUGCUGGUGAUCACGGCUGUCAAAGAUGCAACAGAUGACUAUUUUCGACAUAAGAGCGACCAGCAAGUCAACAACCGCCAGUCUCAGGUUCUCAUCAAAGGAAGUUUACAGAAGGAGAAAUGGAUGAAUGUUCGGGUGGGGGACAUCAUCAAACUUGAGAAUAAUCAGUUUGUCGCUGCAGAUAUCCUCCUUCUGUGCAGCAGCGAGCCUUAUGGCCUGUGCUAUAUUGAGACUGCUGAGCUGGAUGGCGAGACAAAUCUGAAAGUCCGUCAAGCCUUGAGUGUAACCUCAGAUUUGGAAGAUGUUUCAAAACUGAUGGACUUUGAUGGAGAAGUCAUUUGUGAACCACCAAACAACAAGCUGGAUAAAUUCACAGGAACAUUGUACUGGAAGGACAAUAAGUACUCUCUGGAUAAUGACAAAAUGCUUCUGCGAGGUUGUGUUCUCAAAAACACUGAGUGGUGUUUUGGAAUGGUCAUAUUUGCUGGGCUACAAACCAAGCUGAUGCAGAAUUGUGGAAGGACUAAAUUAAAAAGGACCAGUAUUGAUAAACUUAUGAACACACUAGUUUUAUGGAUUUUUGCCUUCCUUAUCUGUAUGGGCGUCAUUUUGGCAAUAGGAAACACUAUAUGGGAGACUUGUACCGGCAGAAAGUUCGAACUAUUCCUACCAUGGGAUGAGUUUCAGAGCAGUGCUGUUUUUUCUGGCUUCCUCACCUUCUGGUCCUACAUCAUCAUCCUCAACACUGUUGUGCCUAUUUCGCUGUAUGUAAGUGUGGAGGUCCUGCGUCUCGGACACAGCUUCUUCAUCAACUGGGAUCAGAAGAUGUACUACAAUCAGACCAACACCUCAGCCGAGGCUCGAACCACCACUCUGAAUGAGGAGCUCGGGCAGGUCGAGUUCAUCUUCUCCGACAAGACCGGCACGCUCACGCAGAACAUCAUGGUUUUCAGCAAGUGCUCCAUUAAUGGGCAGACGUAUGGUGAUGUCUAUGAUGAAUUCAACCAGAAGGCGGAAAUUACAGAGAAAACGGCGUGUGUAGACUUUUCCUUUAACCCGCUCUGCGACAGAGGCUUUAAGUUUUACGACUCUAGCCUGGUUGAAGCUGUCAAACAGGAGGACUCUGCAGUGCUGGAGUUCUUCAGACUGCUGGCUCUGUGCCACACCGUCAUGCCAGAAGAGAAGAGCGAAGGGAAUCUGGUGUACCAGGCCCAGUCACCCGAUGAAGGAGCUUUGGUAACCACAGCUCGAAACUUUGGGUUUGUCUUCCGAGCUCGAACACCAGAAACCAUCACACUAUGUGAGAUGGGAAGAGCUGCCACCUACGAGCUGCUGGCUAUACUGGACUUCAACAACGUGCGCAAGAGAAUGAGUGUCAUUGUGAGAAGUCCCCAAGGUCAGAUUAAACUAUACUGCAAGGGGGCGGACACAAUCAUCUUUGACCGUCUGGAGCCAUCCAGUGAACACCUCAUGUACACUACCUCAGAACACCUCAGUGCAUUUGCAGGAGAAGGGCUUCGAACACUAGCUCUUGCCUACAAAGACCUUAAUGAAGAAUAUUAUCAGGUCUGGAAGAAGAAGCUUCACUACGUCAGCACUGUGAUUGAGAACCGUGAAGAACAUCUGGCUGUUCUCUACGAGGAGAUCGAGCAGGGCAUGAAGCUUCUUGGAGCCACAGCAAUAGAGGACAAACUUCAAGAAGGAGUGCCUGAAACAAUCGCCUGUUUGACUCUAGCUGACAUCAAGAUCUGGGUCCUAACAGGAGACAAACUAGAGACGGCGAUGAACAUUGGCUACUCCUGCAACAUGCUGCGAGACGACAUGAAUGAGGUCUUUAUCAUCUCUGGACUGGCGCAGCUGGAGGUGCAGCAGCAGCUUAGGAGUGCUAAGGAGCACAUCCUCGGGCUGAGCCGGGUGAGCAGCACCGGAGACGUUGCUAAGGGCGAAAUGUUUGCAGAAGAUUCAGUGUUUGAAGAAGCUAUAAUUUCAGAAUAUGCCUUAGUCAUCAAUGGCCUCAGUCUGGCUCACGCUCUGGAGCCCCAGCUGGAGCACACGUUGCUGGAUCUGGCCUGUUUGUGUAAAACAGUCAUCUGCUGUCGCGUCACGCCGAUGCAGAAAGCUCAGGUGGUGGAGCUGGUGAGGAGGCACAAGAGGGCCGUCACGCUGGCUGUAGGAGAUGGGGCCAACGAUGUCAGCAUGAUCAAAACCGCCCACAUCGGUGUAGGCAUCAGCGGACAGGAGGGGAUGCAAGCUGUUCUGGCCUCAGAUUACUCCUUUGCUCAGUUUCGAUACCUGCAGAGGCUGCUGUUGGUGCACGGACGCUGGUCCUACUUCCGAAUGUGUAAUUUCUUGGCCUACUUCUUCUACAAGAACUUCGCCUUCACCCUGGUUCACUUCUGGUACGGCUUCUACUGUGGUUUUUCAGCACAGACUGUGUACGACCAGUGGUUUAUAACCCUCUUCAACAUUGUUUACACGUCUUUACCGGUACUUGCAAUGGGACUUUUUGAUCAGGAUGUCAAUGACCAGAACAGCCUUCGCCACCCGAGCCUGUACAAACCCGGCCAACAGAACCUCCUCUUCAACAAGCGCCAGUUUUUCCUCUGCACGCUGCAGGGGAUAGUGACGUCAUUCCUGCUUUUUUUUAUUCCCUAUGGAGCCUUUUCCGUCAUGGUGAAGGAAGAUGGCGCCGACUUGUCUGACCACCAGACGUUUGCUGUCACCAUUGCAACAACAUUAGUCAUCGUUGUGAGUGUUCAGAUUGGAUUGGACACACACUACUGGACAGCAGUCAAUCACCUGUUUGUGUGGGGAAGCCUGAUCGUGUAUUUUGCUAUACUGUUAGCAAUGCAAAGUGAUGGCUUGUUUGGCAUUUUUUCUAAUAAUUUCCCAUUUAUUGGCACGGCUCGUAACUGUCUUUCGGAGAAGACCGUGUGGUUGGCCGUCCUGCUCACCACUGUGGUUUGCAUUUUGCCUGGCUUAGUUGUAAGCUUUCUGAGAGUGGACCUCUUUCCAACUCUAACAGACAAGGUGCGCCAUUUGCAGCAGUCCAGGAAGAAGCAAGGACCUCAGGAGCAGAACCUGAGGCGAAUCCGCAGGACCAGCUCCCGCCGCUCUGCCUAUGCCUUCUCCCACCAGCAAGGCUAUGGAGAGCUGAUAACCUCAGGCAAAAACAUGAGAAUGAGCACACUAUCUUCCACUCGCUCCCUUGAAGGAAGAGCACAAAGCUCAAGCUGGAUAGAAAAUAUACUUAAAAGAAAAAACGAGGUCGCUUGCAUCUCGCCUGAAAAACCAGAUCCACCAGAUAGCCAUAGAGACUUCAGAGGAUCAGUAGAUAGGCUGAAAUAACAGUAAAGGAUACAAGUGCCUAACCAGAGUAUUAAUACCCGUUUAACUUUUCACAUUUUUCAUGUUAGAAAUACAAACCUUAACAAAUUCUAUUGGGAUUUUAUAUUACUGGCCAAACACAAAGUGGGGCAUAAUUGUUAUGUGGAAGGAUAUUAAUACAUCAUUUUCAAAAUGUUUCUCGAAUGAAAAUCUCACAUAGUGUGGCAUGCAUUUCUACACAGUCCUUAGUCAACACCUCAUACAAUCAAUUUUUGCAGCAAACACAGGUCCAAGUCUUUUGGGGCAUGUUUCUACCAGCCUUGUGCAUCUAGAGACAGACAUUUUUGACUGUUCUUUGUAAAACAGUUCAAGCUCAGUCACAAUGGAUUUAGAGCUUAUGUGAAUGUCAAUUUUUAUGUCUGGGCUUUGACUGCGCCAUUCUAACACAUGAGCAGGCUUUGAUCUAAGCUAUUCCACUGUUGCUCUGGCUGUCUAUUUAGAGAAGUAGUCCAGCAAGAAGGUGAACCUCCACCCCUGUAUCCAUUCUUUUACAGCCCGUCCUACAGUAUUGAUAUAUGUGCCUUGCAAUGACCUUCAUCCUCCUUCCCAAGGUAAAAGUGAAAUUUGCCACAUUUCUGAAUUUUCUUUUUGAAAACAUUUGAAAUGUUGAAUAAUCUCUCUUACUCUUUACAACUCUGUGCUACUUUGUGUUGGUUUUUCACAUAUAUUACAUUUAAGUUUGGUGUAAUGUAAAACAAAAUGUGAAAAAGGUCAAAGGGUUUGAAUACUUGCAGGACACUACCAUUUGGAUGGAUCUGACAAACCAAGCACAAGCUGAGUGUUCUUCAUGUGGGUAAAUCAAACCUCAAAACAAGACGGAGCAUACCUCAUUUUCUAAUAGUAUGAAUCAUGUGAACUUUCAAUGUUAAAGGAUUUUGUAAAACCAGAAUUACUGGGAUUUGAUUUUAGUAUUUUCCAGGUCUGGAAAAGUAUGGAAAAAAGUACAGAAAAAUGGUUGAAUUUCCAGAAUUUAUUCCCUAUCCCAUUGUCUAAAUAAUAUAUUCUUCCUGUCCUGCUUGUGACCUUCUUUUUAUUUUGUUCCUUUCUUCAUAGUUUCCUUCCCUCUGUCCCUUUCUUCCUAGUGUCCUUCCGUCUUUCAUUUCUUUCAUCCAUCUGUCCUUAAUUCCUUCCUUCCUCAUGUCCUUCCUAUUUUCUCCAGUCCUUCCUUUCUUUAUUGCUACCUACCCUCUCUAUUUCCAUUUCUUAUUCUUUUACUAUUUGCUUUGUUCCUACUUGUGUCCUACCUCCAUUCAUUCCCCAAGUCCUUCCUUUUUUGUGUCAUUCUUUCCUUGUCUGUCCUUCUUCACCUUCCUCAUGCUCUUCUUCUCUUUCCUUACAUUUUUGUGUCCUUUCUUUAGUUCCUGCCAGUUUGUUUUUUUUGCAGGUUCCAUACAUAAAGCCUGAACACUGGCGUUCAUGGUGAACUUACGUGUUUUACACUUAAAAAUGGCUAUAAAGGACCAAGAACUCUAGAGAUUUAGGUCUGAAAAGGUUUGGGAUAUUUACAUGAACAACAUGUACUCUUGAAAUUACUUCCAAAUGAUUUAACUUUGUAAAUUUCAAAAGUAGUAAAAGUUCUCCUUUUUACCAUGCAGAACACUUUUAAAAGCACAGUGCAUUACACUUUAUUGAUUCUACAUUGUCCUAAAACAAUUUAGAAGAAAACUUUUUAUGUGCUGUCUGACCAUUUAUUGAUUGAUUAAUUCGAUAUUUGCUUGUAGUUACACUUUGAAUGUAUUACUACUUCAAAGAACAGUAAAUAUUACCAUCAAAAGCAUUAAACAAUUUGGCAAUUUUCACAUAAAAUAGUCGAUAUUUGAGCUGAAUAACCGACAAUAAACAGAAGUUUUAUUAGAUUAGUUUCAUUUACACUGUCUGGCAUGUACCUCAAACCAGGAAGAUCAGCAAGGGUCCACUGUUACAGCCCAGAAGCCAAAGUUCAGUCUGAGGUCUUAUUUCACAACUUGAAACUUGUCUCAUUUGUCUUGUAUGACAAGUAUUCGUUAUAGUCAUGUUUUUAUUAUCUUUUUGCCUUUAAAAUAAAUGUUUUUGGAGA